AUGGUAGGUUUCGAUGGGUUUGAACCUAUUCAUACCAUCUUCUAUUCAGUUUUCCAUCCUACUGAAGGUCCAAAAGUUUGUUACCAAUUCCCACCAAAUAAUCUAGACAACUACAGUAUAAAUUUCGAUUCAAUCAGAAGUUACGUGAUUCCUAAACCACAAUUAUGCAAUAAAUUGUUAACUUUGAAAUAUGGAAACUACAGAAUUAUCGGAUACCCUAUCACUAUAAACUGUUCCAUCUAUGCUAGAAAUAACUUCAGUUUUAAUUUGGUAUUCGUCUUCCCCUAUGAAUGCAAAACUUCCCCAUACGAAUCAGUCAUUGUGAAAUUAGGGAAAAUGUUCAGAGUCCUAGAAGAACAAUCUCAAUUCUUAUCAAAAGCAGAAAAAGAUUUAGCUUAUUUCGAUUUCAAAGCUAUCUUACAUUCUUCCCUAGAUCAAGAUUCAAAAUUAAAACCUGAAAAGGAUUCCAGUGGCAACAACAACGGCAAUAGCAACAACAGCAAUAACGAUCAAUCAAAUUCUGCAAAUGCAACCGAUUCAAAAAAAAAUUCAUCAUACCUAUUCGAAAAGUAUAAAGAAAUUCAAGAAUUUGUCUCAAAUGAUGAAUCAGACUUUUCCAUACAAGAUUUUAUCAUGAGACUAUAUCAAGAUUUAAAUAAUUAUUCAGAAUGUUUGAUCCCAAUAGACGCAGGUAACGCUGUAGAUAUAAAACUAUUUCCUCUAUUAAGACCACCUCCAGCAACUAUAUCUAUAGAAGAUGUACCGAUAUCAAGAGUUAACUUAAAGGAAAUUAUAGACGUCAAUUGGGACCCAACUAUGUUGAAAAUUGUACCACAUAUAGAUGGUGUAAAUUCGAUUGCAAAAAUUGCUAAAUUAAGUGAUAGUGAUACUGUGUUGGUGAUAGAAUGUAUUAAACAUUUCAUCUAUUAUGGCUGUGUAGUAAUUUCAGACAUUUUCCAAUUCUCAAACAUAUAUGCCCCAACUAGUUUACUUCGUAAUUUCCUAACAGAUCCAUUGAUGGCUACAGAAUGCCAAACUUACGUAACAGUCCCAGAAUCUUCCACUUUACACCAACUACCAUUAGAAUCAUUAUCAAAACUAAAAUUGGACUCUGAUGGAAGUGACAGUCAAAAUUUAAGGAAAUCCAAAAACGGCAUUGAUUCAAGAGCUGCAUCAUUUGUAUCUUCAAGGGGAGCUUCUUCUCAUAAUGAAAAUUCCUCUUUAUAUUCAAGAUCAGAUUUAUACUUAAACAGACAUAGAUCAGAAAGCAGUAUUUCAAGCCAAAAUACAAACGAUUUGAAUGGAAACGUUAAACAGUUACCAACAAGAUCUACUUUGUUUGAUCUUUACAGAUCAUUAAGUCAGGGUGUUACUCUAAAAGAAUGGUAUAAAGAAAAUUUUUUUGAAAUAAGAAAUAAUGGCAUUGAUAUAAGGAAAUUCAUCAUAUUUGGUAUUAUUAAUGGUCUACUUUAUAGAUGCCAAUCAUUCCCUGUCACAGCCAAUUUUGAAGAAAUUAAUAAAGUUAAAAAAUUCAAAGAUAUUCAAAACAGAAAAGAGACAAGAAAGGAUAAACUACAAAAACAGCUUUCUCAAGAUAUUUUUUCCACGUCUGAUAUUAAAGUGGGGGAAGAUCUUAUUUCUGGUAGAAAUAGAAGAAUUCAAACAUUAGAUUUAGAUAUUGCUGAUAGUGUUUUGAAAAAUGUUUAUAAAAAAUUAACUCUAAAAACAGAAGAAGAAAAUUCAAGCAACCGAGCUUUAAAUUCACAAGAAUUGGAGAAAAAAUCAGUUCAAAGUUUGUUCGAAUCUUCAAAUCCAUACAGCAAAGUACCCAAAAGGCCAGGAACAUUAUCGAAAGUAUCAUUUCAACAAAAUAGUAACAUGCAAUAUUCUGCUUCUUCUGGGGACGUUACAGAAAAUGAAGAUAUCAACAAUUUAGAGAAAUUACGAAAACAAAAUGAGCAAAUACUUCUAGAGGCUCUAGAGUCUACUGAAAAUUUAGAUAAAAUAUGCGUAUUACUUGAAAAGCCAAGAUCUGAGGUCGAAGAGAUGCUGAAGCAUUUGGUAGACUUCAAAGUGAUAAACAGCUGA